GAUUUCAGGAAGGCUGGAAUUUGGGAUCUUAAUAUUUAAAAAAACGAAACAUGAAUGAACCUAUCAAGCGGAGCAAACAGUGGAAUGUAUUGUAUUUGAUCAAACAAAUCAUCCAAACGGGAUUAGUGAGUAUAUGUGAUUUAAUCAGUGGUCCACAUGAGGAACAGAAGGUGGCGGUAAUGCGCCUAAUACACUGACUGCCAUUAAAACUCAAGAAGAAGAAGAAAACAACGACGGAAGUAAAGAAGAGCAUGUCGAACAGACAGACUCAAACAAGAGAAAUGAACGGUCAAGCGGACGUUGAAGUUGACUUCAAGCGGAAAUACAAAAAUCUCAAACGAAAAUUGAAAUUUCUUGUUUAUGAGCAGGAAUGCUUUCAGGAGGAGCUGAGGAGAGCACAGAGAAAACUUCUCAAAGUCUCCAGGGAUAAAAGCUUCCUUCUGGACAGACUGCUGCAGUAUGAGAGGGUAGAUGAAGACUCCUCAGAUUCAGAAGCAACAGUUUCCUCAGACAACAGUGAAGGAGAAGGCCCCAGGGAGAGGGAGAGGGAACGAGACGGAGCGAAAAAGCGACGAAGUAGUCCUGGAGCGUGUCUUCCCUCAUCUUCCUCCCCUCAUCUCUCCCUGCUUUCCCGGCCUGGUGUAAAUCCCCUUCAGUCAUCAGGCUCUGGACCCUACCUCAACGCCAUGCCCUUCCCACCAGAGUAUUUGGCUCCGCCAGCUGAACGAAUGAAGAAAGAGAGAAAAACAAAGAUGCCUAAAAACAAGAGAGACACAACGGGGAAGGUUGUUGCCCCAUUAGCAGCUAAUUACCCAUCAGCCCCUGCGGUCCCUCCGGCAGCCAGCGGCCCCUUCAGCUGGGUUCCCAGACAGAUGCUCAGUGGCGACGCAGCUGAGGAGGAGGGAGAGAGCGAUGGAGACAGCGACAGAGGAGAUGAAGACAGAGGGGAGGGAGACGAGGCCGAACUGGUCAUUGACCUCCCGAAUGAGUGAGAGCCGGUGUGUGUUUUAGAUGUAUUUAUAAAAGGGAUGGAAGGUUUGUACAUCUGUGUGUGUGUGAGAGCAAAAGACAGAAUGUGACAAAGUAUUUUCCGAAUUGAGUAGCGCAUUACCUAUUAUCAAAAUAAAAAGGAGGGCCAAGCUCCCCCCCUGUGGACUUUUGCUUAAUUGCAAUAUCACUUUAAAAUAUUUCCCAGAUGAAUGUGGUUUUCCAAAAUGAGAAAUUAAGAAAUAAAUCUGUGACAAAAUAAGCAUUUGUAAGCUUUAAGAAAAAUCCACUGCCACUGGAAUAACAGGAUACUUUGCUUUUUAAGCUGUUUCAAGCUGGCAGCUGAUUAUCUUUUGUCAAGCGAUCCAUAAACUGUGACUACAGCUAGGUGGGUCCUGCAGAAAGACAGCUUCUGUUUGUCUGUUUUUGCAUUGUCCAAACACCAUCUCACACUUGGAAUUGCAUUAAAACUGCAGUCCGUUAAAGCUGUUUUAGUUUGAUAUUUUUCAAAUCUUACGUCGUCUUUGCUCGUUACAAGCAGUUUUGUCAUUUGAACUUCUAAAAUCAAAGCUACGUCAUGUUAAUUAAUAUGUAUUAUAUUUGCACCUAUCAAAUUGUGUGUGUGUGUGUGUGUCAGAGAAUACAAUGUCAAAUGUUAUCAUUUCAGAUCACUAAAAGUUUUUGUUUCAA